AUGCAAUCUACGUCGGUCAGACUAGCGAACGGGGAGGUUGUUGUUGCCAACGACCACGUAUAUGUGUCGUUACCUUGGUCCGACCGAGAUGGAACACCGUACAACAUUGCCCGCAUCAUUGAGUUUCUGCCUUCAUCGCACUCGAAAAAGGGCACACGUGCGACGGGUUCGUCCGACGGUUUGGUUCGGCUUUCUCUCUACUACAGGCCGGCAGACAUUUCGACUCGAAACGUUGCAGACCAUCGACUGCUUUUGGCCGCAAUACAUACGGAUGUGCAACCUGUUUCCAGUGUUCGUGGCAAGUGCUACGUCAAGCACAAAGACCGAGUCGGUGAUUUGCUCGAGUGGAAAAGGUUGCCUGAUCAUUUCUACUUUGCCAAAUUCUUCGACCCGUACAUCAAACGCGAAUUUGAGGUCAUCCCGACGGAGACGGUGAACAACAUUCCCCACGACGUCAAAAUCGUCCUUCGAAGUCGAUAUGAAUACAUCGUGACUGAGAGAGAGUUGGUCGCGGAUCUAACAGAUGAUUAUCGAAGUUGCUGCCGCUGCCAGGGGUGGGCGUCAUACCAGGAGUCCGUCAAAUGCGAUACCUGCAAAGAACACUAUCACAUGAAGUGCCUACAUCCACCUUUGCACGCUAAGCCUGCCAAAGGAUAUUCUUGGGUAUGUCCCCCAUGCUCUUUCCAAAGGGGGAUCGACGUAGAAAAUCAAAAGUUCCGUUUCGGUCUCCAAAGCAGCUCUGGAACAGCCAAGGCAAAACCCGUCAAGGCGAAGCACCGUAAAGUGAAUUUGGAGAAUAGACCACCUGUAACUUUCAGAGGCUGGCAAUGGCGCUACUUCGGACUCCGAAGACCCCAUAUUCCCCAGGGCGGCCACCAGGUGGAUAGCUUCAUGGACGAGAUACGAAAGCUUGAUCUAGCUGUUCCGCCAUGGGAUGUCAAACGGCUCAAUCUGGCUAUCUCAUCUUUCACGACUUUGGGUUUCCAACCAGCAUUGGAAUUUAUGCGUACCCGAAAGCCCCAGGAUUUCGAUCUCAUCACUUUCACUUCGGAAGAACGCUCUUUGUUCGAAAAUGAGCUCGAGAGGAUUGGUGGACUGGACACUCAUAGCUGCGGUCAAAUUCUUCGGCGCUCCCCUUCCGAGAUUUUGCGCUACUUCUAUAUCUGGAAAAACAAUCAGCUUAGAGUCGAAAACGAGGCUGUUCGUCAGCAUCACCCGCUAGUCACGCCUCACUCCCGCCAGCCCAAGACCCUUGGCCCUCCUUCCUUAGGCAAGAUCAGAUCCGCUGGAGAUGAUCGCAAGGAAAAUGACAGUGCCUCCGUCUAUGGCAAAGCCACCGAAGGGGAACACCAUUUUACUUGUGCCACAUGUUCAACAAGGCUUGGCGAAAUCUGGUGGAAAUGCCCUCGAACUGUUCCGGGAGAAGCCAUGUGUAAUGUCUGCGGCUCGAAUUACCGAAAGUAUGGAGUGAUAACAUACUCGCGAUCGGAGGAUAGUAAGAAAAUUGAGCGAAAGGACAACAGUCUCAAACGAGUCAAGGCUGUUACGGGAUCGAUCCAGAAACAGUGA